GUUCGAUGUCCAGCAGCCAAAAAGCCGCCGCUGCGAGGAUGAGCGGAGUUCGCGUGCUGAUGGUUUAUGCCCUCUGACGAGGUCAGCAUCGAGGUAUUGGUAGGACACGAACUGCUCCAAACCCUCAUGCAGGAUAAUCCCCCUUCACCCCCGGCGUGGUGGAGGGCGGGGGGGAGGCAGUGGCCCUCACCUGCACGCGUGCCUCACCACCCCCGCGGCACUCACACAGCCACCGCGCCCCACCGCGACUCGAGACCUCCCUCCUCGCGUCCGGAGCGUUUCAAUUGGGUGACCCCCUUGGAGCCAAUCAUCUCGCCGGGCUGCAGGGCGGUAAAGAGGGACGUGCGCGUUCCUCCUCCCCGCGCGCUUCAAAGUGGACGGCUCCUGCCCACCGACGGUGCUGGCGAUGAUGGCAUCGGCGCAUCGCACGAAACGGGAGCUCUGAGCGCCGUUCUGCGUCGCUGCAGGAAGUGGGGUGCGCCAUCCACGCUCCGUCAGCAUCGCGUAGCGCAGUGAAGACCCCGGCACGAGUAAGGGCACCGCUUAAACUUGCUCGCUCUGCUGACCGUGGUCACCGCACGUGGAUGGAGAGAGGGGUUCUUAGGUGAACAUCACAGGGGCGCGUGAGGUGGGGGGGGGGGUGGCAGAUUCUGUAGCGUUACGCGCAGCCACGCCUGCGAGAGGAAACGAAAAACACGCGCCCCUGCAGCUGAGACAGGCAACUCAAGGAAACAAAAACGCACGAACAGCGAGCGACGUCCCCAUAGAUAUAACCGCUUCAUCACCCGUCCCAGGAGCUACCACCAACCCCGGCCAGAGCGUCCUAUCGAGGCGGGGCCCCCAUGGAGGUGAUGGUGGAGCACCUGGCUCGCUGGCAUGGCAGCCCCCAGGGCACGGGGGUGCUCGAAGCACCCCCGGGGCUCUCGCAUGGAUAUGGGGAUGCGAACCCGCUCCUGGGUGCAGCUGUGCCGGGGCAACUUCACGGCAACCUCCAUCAUCACCACCACCAUCAGCAGCAGCAGCAACAGCAGCAGCAUCAGCAUCAUCAACACCAGCAGCAGCAUCAGCAGCAGCAACAACAACAACAUCAUCAUCAGCAGCAGCCCAUGCCGCUGCACAGUGAGGAUCUGGAGGUGUUUGUGGGGCUGCUGGAUGCUCAGGGACAUCCGAACGUGUCUGGGGCGAGUGCGGAGUACAGAGCAGCGACUCACGCUCGUCUGGCCGGCACGGCCCACCCCAUGUGCAGGCCCCAGCUGCGAUUCCCGUGGCUGCAGGAGAGCGGCAGCAACUCGUCCACUCCUGCUCCUCCGCACCACCACCUCCACCCCCACCACCACCUGCACCACGGCCACCACCACCACCACCUCAGCCACCUGAAUCAGCUGAGCCACGCGGCCGUCACCACCGCCUGGGCCCUGCGCGAGCCUCUGGCCAAGGCGCGGCCGUCCCCGUACCCCCACGCCACGCCGCUGGCAGCCCCGCCCGCCCGCGGCGAGCGGGGCUUCCCGUUGCCCCCGACGCCGCCAAAGGAGGGCGGCGGCAACGGCCGUAACGGCGGCGCCGGCGGCGGAGCCUCGCCGGACACGGAUCCGGGGAGCGGGGCCGAGGGGGCGGGGACGGCAGCGGGGGCAUCGCCGUCCCCGCGGAGCGAGGGCAGCCCGGGCCCCCCGGGCCUCGAGGAGCGUGGGGAGCCGGCGGGGUUCCCCGCCGCGCUGGGCGCCUACCCGGCGUGCCUGCCGGGCCACCCGGACGGGGACGACGAGGAGGGGGAGGCCGGCCGAGGCAGGGGCAGGGGCCGCGGUGGCAUGGAGGGCCGUGAAUGCGCCAACUGCGGAGCUACGUUCACCCCGCUGUGGAGGCGGGACGCCAACGGACACUACCUGUGCAACGCGUGCGGCCUCUACCACAAGAUGAACGGGCACAACCGCCCGCUCAUCCGGCCUAAGCGCCGACCGUCGGCGGCGCGGCGCUGCGGCACGGCGUGCUCCAACUGCCAGACGAGCGCCACGACGCUGUGGAGGCGCAACGCGAGCGGCGAGCCAGUGUGCAACGCGUGCGGCCUCUACUACAAGCUGCACAACGUGAACCGCCCAAUCACGAUGAAGAAAGACGGCAUCCAGACGCGCAACAGGAAGUCGUCCGGCAAGCCGGGCAAGCACGGCAAGAGCCGGCGCUCGCUCGCGAGCCCGGGCCGCUCGCAGACGCUGCCGCUCCUCGCCGGGGCCUACGACAGGCCCCGCGCCAUCGCGUUCGGCGGCGGCGCCCUGCCGCCGGCUCACCUCUCGUCGGUUCACCUGGCGGGCGCCGCGCACGCGCUGCCUUCGCUCGCUCAGCUGCACACGGCCGCAUCGUCCCUACCGCUCGCUCCUCACCUCCACAACCAUCACCUGUCGCACCAUCACCUCUCGCACCAUCACCUGCAGCAGCAGCAGCAUCAACAGCAGCAGCAUCAGCAGCAUCUUCUUCACCAGCACCAGCAGCAACAGCAGCGUCAUCAUGAGCAACAUAAUCACCUUCAACACCAGCAGCAUCACCAUUUGCAGCUUCAUCAACAGCAGCUCGGUUUACAGAUGCCCACAGCACCUCUACAUCAGCGGUUGGGUGGCGUGCAGCCCAUGGAGGCCCUCGUGGUGGCCUGGUCUCGCUGGCUCGAGGGUGGUGCAUGGGAGGGGGGGGGGGUCACGAGCACAACGUGA